AUGUUGGUUGUGGUUACAACACUGGACAAGAAUGCUCGUGUUAUCGACCAUAGUACGAGCUCACAGACGAAAUCUACAGGGAAUCUACAUCUACAAAAGAGUAUACGUGGAAAAUUUGACCUUCUCUCCGAAGCCUCUGUAUUUUCUGGAUCCGUUAGACGCUACAAGGUCUUAGAAACCGAAGAUGAUCGAUCUGGACGAGGAGGAUCUGUACCAGUGACCACCACGUGCAAUCUCAGAAAGAAGUCAUGGGACGAGCUCGCCGCGCCAUACUUGCGUGCCACAGUCGAUGCCUUCUCGAAGCGCUUUAAGGAUGCUCUCGAUGCCAACGGAGAAUCCCCGUCCAACAAUGUCAUUCCCACUGGGCAAGAAAACACGAAUGCGAAUCCGAACGAUGUUUUCCUAGACGCGUCCAGUCACACGGGUGAUGUUCUAGUAAUCAAAUUGAUGAAUAAAUUAAACAAAGUUACUCUGCUGUAUGUAAUACUUCGAAAUGGAAACUUGCCCUGCGAACUCGUCCUCGACGAGUCUAAAUGUGGACACCGACAGCGUAUCAAGCCAAGGAAAGAAAGCGUUGAAGGAAGUCAUCAUCGCUAUCUGUUCCUUUAUAACGAUACUCUGGUGGUUUCGAAGCAAAAAAGUGCGUUUUGCUUCAAACUGAAGGAGAAGCUACGACUGGAUCGAGUGUGGGUAGCGUCGUCGAACUCAGCUGAUUCUUUUUUGCUUGGAUGGCCAUUCUGCAACUAUCUCGUACAUUUCAGAAAUCGCAACGAAAAAGAGGAUUGGUUUGAACUUUUCUCAUACUGUGUUCAACAAUGCCUACGACCUGUCUCGACUACAAUAUCGAUGGAUAUCAAUGUACGAGGCCGGAAACAGGUGAUCCGUCGUCGUAUUGAUAAUGGCAAGAAAAGUGGCGAAUUAGUCGUGGAGACGGCUGCAGAUCUUGGUCUUUCACACACUUCCUACGAACUGAGACUUGUCGUAGGCGAAGGUACCGGAAAAGCUUUGCAAGGGCCUGAAAAUGUCUACGUAGUGAUUAUGAGCGAAAUUGAGAGGCAGGGGAUAAGACUGUCCGAAAGUCAACGGCAAACCUUGGACGCUUGUCCUAUAGCGAAUGCUCGCCUGAUCUUGUCGAACAUCAAGUCGUCUAAGAGUUCAUCACCGAUGCAAAUCGUGAACAGUAUCAAGAAACGUGUACUACAACGCACUGAUUCUCGUGGAUUUUUCGGCCGUGAACUUGAUGGACCGACUCCGCCGCAACCAGUAAUGAGCAUUGUAGAUCAUCUCAGGAUGCAUGGAUGCGACACGGAAGGAGUGUUCAGAAAGUCUCCGAAACAAAGCACCUUGAAAGAAUGCCGCUCGGAAAUGGAGCGUGGUCAGGUACCAGACUAUGCAAAAUACGGUACUCAUGUGUUGGCCUCUGUUUUGAAGGAUUACCUACGGAGCAUCCCGGGAAAGAUUUUACUGAGCGGCAACUAUGACCUAUGGAUAAAAGAGGUCGCUAAUGAGGCAGAUCAUGAGAAAAAGAUCGCCGCCUGUAAAAGUUUAUUGAAACUGCUCCCAACUGCACAUUCCAUACUUCUAGCCAACGUUCUGAAGUUGCUUAACAAAAUCGCCAACUCUCCAACAUCGAAAAUGACCGCUUCAGCUCUGUCAGUCUGUUUGGCACCGAGUUUUCUGGAAAGUUCUGAACAAUCGACAGAUCCACUUGAAAAUGGUAAAAAAGUUCCGCUGUUGGUCGAGUUUCUGAUUCUCAACGCUGCUGAAGUGAUGCCGCCUGGAUUCAGUGCUGAUAAUGUGUUCUCCUUGCUCAAUCCGCUUGAUCACAACGCCAAUCAUUUGUGCAGCCCGGUGCCAACUUGCUCGGAUGACGAGGGAUCUCAGAAAACGCCAAUUAUUGAAGAAAUGGGAGAAAACUCACCAUCGUUGAGCAGUUUACGUGAUGAAAUUCCUGCAGAGCGACCACCAAGAUUCCUUGAAGUUAUCCACGAAAACGAUGGAGUUCUUUCCUUCUCUGAUUCUGAUGAAGAAGCGGAGCCCGUACGUCGACCACUCUCCCGUGCCUCUUUCCGAUCGGAGACAUUACGGCAACAGAAGGAGGACACUGUCACAAAGGAGGAACCGCUCCCUGAGAAAGUUGUACUCAUUCAAAAAGUGGAGGAUAGAAAGCAACCGGAUACGCCAAGAUCACCAUGCUUGAAGCGGAUUCAUUUCCAGAGAAAGCAGGAACAAGUUCAAAAUCGAACCAAUGAACUGUUCAAACACGACAGUCGACUUGAUAUCAAGCCUGAUCGAAUCAAGGAUGAAAAAACUACAGAUGAGCCUCCCUCGCGUAAGGAGUCCCGCGAAGAAGCCACACAAACAUCAGAUUGUGGUUUAUCACGGCUAAACGACUGUGAAUCACGAUUUCCUGCAUUUCGUGGCUCAACAGCACAUUCCAAUGAAGCGCAUGAACCUUCGGGGCAUUCUCGUCUGGUUCGGAAGGAGACUGUCGUCGUGGACUGCCUUCCCCGCUCAACGACGACAACUGCAAAGGACAUCUGUCGUCCAGAAGAAUCCCAGAAACCUACUGUGCAUGUGCAUCCAUUUACGCCGGACGUACAGUCACAAGAGCCUAUAUUACGAACUAUAACCGAACGGUUGCAAAGUCUGCGAGUGAAUCAGUUGGCAGCUGACAGCUCACCACGAUUAAACAGAAGAUCUCACGUGGUUCCGGAAGAAGUCCUACGAUUCAGAGAUUCCUAUAUUGACUGCGGAGAGUCGCCAAGGUUUUCUAGGAGCAUAUUCGAGCCAGCUGAUGCAGUUCCGUCCCCGAAAAAUACGAGGAAAUCCGCUCUGAUACUGGAGAACCGUGUGUCCAGGGAAGAUCUAUAUGUGCCGUUAUACAAACCUCAUGAUCUGCAUGUUAAGCAGGAAACCAAUCAUAAGUACCAGAAUCCUCAUCUUAUCACAGAACGGUUCUCCUCGUACUGCAUUGAACCACCUUCUGAUCAUCGUCCAAACAAAGAUUCGCUAUCAAAAAAACCAGAAAUUGUGAGAUCUGCAUCUCAUCGAGACGAGAAAUCGAAUAACUUCCAGAGGGAUGCGCAGAGAGCAACAUCGGUGAAGAAUAAUCGUCGUGGCGACACAUGUGUAGGCAUGGAUCCGCUGGAGAUCAACUGGAGUGUACGACAGCUCAAAACAUUGUUCCAAGACUGUCGGGCGCCAUCAAUUGACACUGACUAUACACUAGGGCGUGCAAGCACGAAGAAAUGGACAGAAAAAACGAGAGGUUGCACGGCAACGACCAACACUUGUGACGACUGGCAAAUCCGGCAAAUGGCGCUCUACUCAAACGACGCUGAGCUACUAGUUCAUGGGCGGUCACGAUCCAUAUGCUCAUCAUGA